UCUCAACCUCAAACUUUCAUCUUCGAAGCUCCCAGCUCCCUCGCUCUCCGCUCAUCUGAAGUCCGACUCAGAAAAUCCACGAUGUUAGAAUAUCCUGAAAUUCCAAGCUCAUACUCUCCUAGAAGAUUGACGGAUAACACGGAGACCGGAGCCAACAACCGCGACCAGGCCCAACGCGUUAUGACGGCCUGAAGUAACAUUGGCAAACUCGUUCAUCGGUACGUAGCUUUACGCGUGUUGACCUAAUAUCUGUUAUUGAUGCCUGGCCUGAAACGUUACCUGACUGGCACACAAGUUAUGCUUCGCACUGCUUUUCAGGGCAGGAAUGGCCGUCUUCUCCGCUGUGUUGGAGUUUCGACCGUAUACUGCAUCUCGCUCUUUCGAACUACAUAGAUGACUCGGAACGCUCGGCGUAAAGUUUGGAACGGGUCCUUCAAUUAUUUAUCUCACCGAGCCAUCUUCUGAACAUUAUAGUAGGUAUAGGUGUCGCUCGGCCAUGCAUACCCUAUUUUAAGGCUUCGAUUCAACCAUCUGACUUCGAUCAUAUGCAAUUAACGAUCAAUAUCCUUCAGAUUCCAGCUGCAACUAUUCACCAAGCUUCACGAGUUUCAUCGACAGCAAAUGUUUAGACCUUUCUAUGCCGUGUGCUGAAGGGUUGGGUAUUACCUCAAGGAAUCAGGGGCGACACACCGGUGACUACGGGCAGAGGCUGUAAAUCCCGCCGCGGUAGGAUUCACUGUUGAGGUUCGGUGGGGCGGGAGUAGUGGCUGCUCUGCAUUAGCUCUAUCGGUGGUUUUAUGAACACGUCUUACGAAACUUUGUAAACUUUAGGCAUGUUCCAACUUUCCUUGUCCUCGAAAGCAAAAUUCAUAGAGAGCUUUUUUGGAUACAACGAAUCCACUCGGUUAAGCACACCUUUGAGUAGGGCUAGCUUCCUUGGAAAAUUCCCCUUCACUGCAUUUAUCGUGUUUUUGGACCAAUUCCUACAUCCCCUUCCAGAUAAUCAAAUAAACACGAACUCCCUUCAGUCUUUCCAUCUAUGUAUCCCGAAACCAAACGCUCAACUAUGGUACUCGGUGCUACAACGGCUGCUGCCGCUCACGAAAAGGUCUACAAGAAGAGCGGAGAACCCAUAGUGGUCGAAGUAAAGCCGGUCCCACUGGCUUCUGGCGACGCUGAGGAUGAAAUCGCUCCGCUUCAAGAAGGAAAUGAGCCACCUCCAGAUGGAGGACUUCGCGCUUGGAUGGUAGUUUUUGGGGCUUUCUGUUCUUCAUUUACGACGUUUGGAUAUAUCAAUGCCUGGGGAGUCUUCCAGGCGUUCUAUGAGCAGAAUAUACUCAGGAAUGAACCCGGGUCUACAAUUGCAUGGAUAGGGUCAGUGCAGUAUUCCCUACUGUUCUUACCUGGGUUAAUCGUCGGACGACUAUUCGAUCUGGGCUAUUUUCGAGUCAACCUCAUAUGGGCCAGUCUUCUUCUAGUCCUUUCCAUAAUCCUAGUACCAGAAUGCAAAGUUUAUUGGCAUUUUGUACUAUGCCAAGGAUUCGCAACUGGUAUUGCGGCUGGGACAAUUUUCGGACCUUGCAUAGCAAUAGUUACGCAGUGGUUCAAUAAGCGUCGAGGACUAGCUUUGGGUUUGUUCACAACGGGAUCCGCUGCGGGUGGGACGGUUAUCCCGAUCACUGUUAGAACGUUGCUCCCACGUAUCGGAUUCCCAUGGACUAUGCGUGUACUUGGCUUAAUUGUCGCUGUCGUGCAAUUGAUGGCUAUUCUCACCUUAAAGAGAAGAACACCGCCCGGCCAAACAUCCAGCGGAGGUUUUCUAUCCUUCGGUUGCUUCAAAUCGGCGCCAUACAGUGUCUACUGUCUUUCUACAUUUACGGUCUUUCUCGGUUUUUAUACGCUCCUUACCUAUGUUACGACAACUGCUACCUCUUUGGGAUUGCCUGAAAACAUCUCCUUCUACUUUGUGGCUAUCUCCAACGCAUCUUCUGGUUUGGGCCGAAUUUUCGCUGGAUUAGUAGCCGAUCGAUAUGGUGCCCUCAACGUCAUGAUCCCAUUAACGGCAAUAUGUGGCUUCAUGACCUAUGCAUGGCCAUUCGCUAAGACGGAAGGUCAGCUCAUCGCCAUAUGUAUCAUUUACGGCUUCUGUACAGGCUCCUACGCAGCCCUUAUCCCGGGUCCAGUCAUACCCAUGGGUGACCUCAAACAAGUCGGACACCGAAUAGGGAUCAUGUUGACCCUUUUGGCAUUCGGCGGCCUUCUAGGACCGCCAGUUUCAGGACGAGUGUACAGUGUGUACGGUUUGAAGCCGAUGGGAUUUUUCGCAGGAAGCAUGAUUCUGUUUGGGGUCACCCUCAUGUGUGUAGCGCGCGUGCUUUUGUCGCGCAAGAAAUAACGACAAUGGCGAAAACUUUAUUCGCGCUUCAUAAAGCGAGAGCGUAGCAGAGCUGUAAAGAUGCGAGAAGAUUAUCGUUAUCGAUUCGAACGACAUGUAUAAACAUAAGUACGAGAAUCAUGCCCGUCUCCUCAAUAAACAUACAGAAUGUUGUCCCCCACAAGCGAUUUCCUUAGCUCUCCACCCACCGUCUCUUCUCACAAUCACCUGGGGUGUUCGAGCCAUCGACACUUCCUUCUUUUUGUCA